CACAUUGAAUCUGAUCAAAGAUGGCGAAGAGGAAAAAGGAACCCACUGCUUGGGACAUGGCCAAGCAGGUCCCCGCCGUAGUGUUGGAGUACGCUAAGCCAUUUGUCCACUACACUUUCAUCCCGUUGAUUAUAGUCCUGGGGAUGACGAUGACGGAGCCACGUCCAUCCAUUGCGCAGCUCUUGGGGCCGAUGUAGAAUUGCUCAGAAUGAAGGACUUGGUUGCGCAUUCGAACUCUUCAAUCUGGUCUUUCUGUGCACGCCUGCCUUGCUUGAGACUACUGCACCUAGGUGGAGGCACUGGUGUCGAGAACAUUAUCAUGAGAUGGUUGUGAAUACAAUCGUUUAAGAAGUUUAAGCGCACUAUUCAGCAUGCAAUCAUUUAUUGCAGCUGUCAUGAAGAGAUCUCAUGCGUGAGGUGACACAAGUGGUUUGGGCACCUUUGCAGUGAUGUAAGCCGUCAAGGAAGGCAUGAUGUCAUUGUAGCUCGCAAUUGUUACAAUGCGCUGCAC